UGUACCUGCGUCACCUGUACGCGAUCGUGCUCGCGCGAAUUCGUUUCCGCGUUGAGAGUGUGCUCGAUGUUCAAGCUGUCUUUCGUCGCUUUUCGUCGUACGCCCUCGUCUUUCGUCCUUUCUUCUGGAGGAUUGCUUCCUUGAGUUCUUCAAGUUCCAAUCAUCUUUCAGGAUGAGGCGAGGAUCCGUUACCAGUUGGCAGGUCUAUGGCCAGCGGAACUCCGAUUGCAUGAUGCAGACGUAUUCCGGUAAUAUCGCAAUGCCUCAUCCCAGCGAAAAGACCAUCCAUCACCAUCGAAAGGACGGCUGGUUUUUAACAUACAAGAAGAUUCUCUCCUUCGUAGUUUUAAUCGUCAUCGCGUUGAUAGUCGCCGGUCUGAUUGGAUGGAACAUCGGCACGAUGCCCAAGGCGAGAAUAUACGAUCCUUUAGCCCUCAUUGAGGACGACACGGAAGAGAGCGAAGUCAUUGUGGACUCGAUAUCACCUUUCGUACAUCCUUUAAGGUAUCGCCUUGAGUUGAUGCCGCCGACUGACAGCGUCAACGCGACGUCAAAGUUGAAAGGCCGAGUGGUGAUCGAAUUUCGAAUUGACGACACGCCAUCCUUAAACAAACUGUCUCUCAAUGCGAGAAACAUCACGACAACGCGUUACAAACUGUUAUUUAUGGAGGAGAACAACGCACGAGGAAAAAGAAGACGUAGGAGACACGCCGACAACAGUAACAGCGAUCAGAAGCUCGUCACUAGCGCUGAUAAUGCUACCACGUUGAAUCUCACCGUGACAUCGUCAUCUCCGCAAUUGGAGAAUCAGAAAGGCACAGUCGAGAACGUCACGGAUUAUCCUGCUGUGACAAACGUGACAUUCUUCGGGAACGAGACCUCUUCGAGAGGCGAGAAUUCAUCCGUGACAACAGAGGCAUCCGCGAACGCGACGACGUCUGGACCGACGUCCACCAUCGUAACUUCUGGCAACGGAAACGUAACCGAGGUGGAGAUUCAGCGAUACGAGGUAGAUGCUAAUAAUGGAUUACACGUGAUACAUCCGGCUAGCGCAAUGAGUCCGGGAACGUACAGCUUGGAGAUUGAUUACGAAAUUCUGCCUGACGGCAAGGCAAUUUAUUCGGCGAGCUUCAAUGAGUCCAGCGAAGGAAAAUUGUUGAUCGGGACACGGUUGAAACCUAUGGGUGCUUCGCAUCUCCUACCAAUUUUCGACGACGUGAAUCUCAAGGCUGUCUUCUCCGUGUCCGUGGCACGUGUGCGAGGAGCGAGGGUCCUUUCAAACAUGCCUCUCAAUGUCUCCACAAACACAUCGGACGACUGGAUGAUGGAUAUUUUCAAAGAUACUCCAUUGCUUUCGCCUCACAAUCUGGCCUUCGUGAUGGGUGAGAUCGAGUCACUGGGCACAACGAAAGCGGGAUCUGAUAACGCGACAGCGACAUUUUGGGGUGAUCCAAAGAGGCGAUCGCGAGGGAUGUACCUUCUCGACAAACUCGAGCAGAUUGUCGCAUUUUUGAGCGACGUGUUCUCGAUGCGUUAUCCGCUACCGAAAUUAGAUAUCGUCGCAUUACCAUCACGGAUCGUCGAUAACGCCGGAAGUCCUGGCUUGAUAUCAAUAAAGCAAUCGCUCUUCUACGCCGCUGAUCGAUCUCCCAUGGUCACGAAGACGGACGCGUUAAGCACUUUGAUAAGCCUGAUAGGGGAACAAUGGCUGGGUGGCGUCGUGAACAUGAACAACUGGACGGACGUUUGGCUUCUUGAAGGCUCCAUGCUUCACUUGCGACACGUGAUGAUCGAAAAGAUAGAUUCGUUACUAGACUCCAGUCAUGCCUUUCUGACGGACGUGCAAUGGGACGCCAUGGAAGAAGAUGGUUACAGUGUUUCAAGGCCGCUGCGAUCAAAUGUCAAUCUCGCUAAUAUGGAUUUUUCGGAUGACAAUAAUCGACACAAAAAAGGUGCAUGCUUGAUUCGUAUGUUGCAUGGCGCGAUAAACGAUACCGCCUUUAGGAACGGCUACCGGAAAUUCGUAGCAAGGUGGAACUAUUCAACAGCAACUAUUGAUGAUUUCUGGGAAGCAAUGGCCGAAGAAACUGUCGAUUUACCCACGGACAUUGCUUUGUCCGAAGUGAUGAAUUCUUGGAUUUCGCAUCGUGGAUACCCGAUCGUGAGCGUCAGACGGGACUAUGAGAAAGGCACUGCUGCUAUUGAACAGCAAAGAUUUACAUACGAGCAAUCAUUAUCCGACACCCAACCGACGUGGUACGUACCACUCGAUUAUAUUAACAAAACGAGCAAUGAUUGGUCAUCUCCGACAAAGACAUGGUUGCAUUCCGAAGCGGAGAUGACGGUGGACAAUGUCGGCGCUCAGGAUUCCUGGGUCGUGUUCAACGUGAAUAAAACAGGUUAUUAUCGCGUGCAUUAUGACGAGAAAAAUUGGAAGCUCUUGACAAAGGCUCUCGAGGAGAAUCACGAGGUCUUCCCGGAGGAAACCAGAGCGUCGCUCGUUGACGAUGUGCUCGGGCUUGCCGCGGUCGGCCUGACGAAAUACGCCACCGCUUUCGACUUUAUUAAAUAUAUGCAAAUGAAAGAACGACAUUACGCUCCUUGGGGUGCUCUGAUGCGUCAUCUGUUGAAAUUGAACGGCCUUCUCUACGAGACGUCAGGCUUCAGUGACUUUCAGGUAGUAUUGUCGUACCUCGGUGAAAAGAAACAAAUUAAUUCGGAAUUUACAUUGAAAUUCACAUCGCAAUUGUACUCAGACGCAGGGUGGAAGGUUGAUGAGGGAUCGCGGUUAACUUUGACCGCUCUUACGAUAGCGUGCGCGUUCGAGAAUGCCGAAUGCCUCGAAUGGUCCAGAAAUCAUUUUGCGAAACUGAAGGAUCAUCCUGAUGCAGACGAAGUAGUACCGGCGUACGCGCGCGAGGUGCUGUACUGUACGAUCGCGAGAUACGGCACGCGAAACGAGUGGAAUUACUUUGUCGAACGGGCAAAUUCCACGACGGAUCAAGAGGAAAAAUAUCGGCUUUUGUCGGCAUUCGCGUGUUUCCAAACACCGUGGAUCUUGCAAUCGUUACUGAGCGAGCUUCUCGAGGGGAAGAUGUACAAUGAGGAGGAGACGCAGAGAAUCUUGAAAAGUUUCCCGCAAAAUCCGGUUGCAGCGCAAAUCGCCUACAAGUUUGUGCGAAAUAAUUGGCAGAUCAUGGUUACGAGAUUUUCGAAAUCUCGUCCGACUUUAAAGGCUUUCGCACGGGCGACCAUGAACGGCCUGAUCAGUGACGAGGAUCUGGAAGACUUUCAGACGUUUAGCGGAGAUAAUCUCGAGAGCAUAAAAACCGUUGGAUACACUAUGGCGAUGGUCGAGGCACACGCGAAUUUCGCGAUUACUUGGUUGAAGCAAUCCCUGCCGGAAGUUCAGGAGUGGUUAACGGCGAACAAUGCCACGCAGACGUCGACAUGAAUAUUCAGGGGAAUCCUGCGAGCAUGACAGGACGAAGGAGGAUCCUUUCCGUUCCGUACGAUUAUCGAGUCGCUGGUGCAAGAAAAACAAAUGUUUAAUGACUUUUCUACGACAACAAGUUUUAUUUCUCCGUAUGCUUUCGUCAAGCAUGAUUACAAAACCAAGCAACAAGAAUCUCGUCCUUAUGUCGUGUGGCCUUAUAACGACAGUCGUUAAUGUAAUUAGCAGUAGAUUAGUAAGUACAUAUUUAACAAACGAUAUACAUAAUAAUCGUAUCUAACGGUAGUAAUUAUUAUUCCAAUAUUUAUCGCAAACGCUCCGCUCGUGUGCGCCUCUUCGCUCAUCAAUGGCGCUCUAUUGCUAUGUACGGUACGCUUGUUUUAUACGUAACACGCUAUGUUACCGUUAUACAAUGUUCUAUCCGUACUGUUGUCCUUUAUACUUUUCAUUCUUAGCCUAACUCUUGGAAUGCCUCAAGUACGGAAUUUGCAAACUAUCAGACACGCGGUUCAAAAGAUCGAGGUGACGAUUCAUCGUCGGGUUGGGCUCGGUUCGUCGGAGAUUAAAAUCGGGAUUCUAAAUAUACUCAAAGUUACAUGUACAGCACUUUGAUGAUGCCCAUCCUGGAUUCUUAACGCGCAUUUAGCGCUAAAUGACUCUUGUUCCGUAUUUAUAUGAUGUAUAAUGCUAAAUGCAACUGUCUUUCUCACCUGUUUACUAAUUAAGCUACGAAAAUAAAAAUUAAGAA